UGUCACAUAGACAUCAAAACUUACCGUGAAACACAUCAUUUGCGUCAAUCAAGUCAUCAAGGAUUGUACUGGGAAAUAUUGCCUUUGGUGCCAACAUAUCAUGUCCAGAAAUCACCAACCAUAACGCGUACAUUUUUGUACUGUGGGAGGGAAAUGGAGCACCCGAACGAAACCCACGCUGUCACGGGGAGAUGGAGCACCCGGAGGCACACAGUCACCGGGAGAUGGAGCACCCAGAGGAGACACACAGUCACGGGGAGAUGGAGCACCCGAACGAAACCCACGCUGUCAUGGGGAGAUGGAGCACCCGGAGGAGACACACACACAGUCACGGGGAGAUGGAGCACCCAGAGGAGACACACACAGUCACGGGGAGAUGGAGUACCCAGAGGAGACACACACAGUCACGGGGAGAUGGAACACCCGGAGAAGACACACACAGUCACAGGGAGAUGGAGCACCCGGACGAAACCCACACAGUCACGGGGAGAUGGAGCACCCGGAGGAGACACACACUGUCACGGGGAGAUUGAGCACCCAGAGGAGACACACAUUGUCACGGGGAGAUGGCGCACCCAGAGGAGACACACACAGUCACGGGGAGAUGGAGCACCCAGAGAAGACACACAGUCACGGGGAGAUGGAGCACCCAGAGGAGACACACAGUCAUGGGGAGAUGGAGCACCCGAACGAAACCCAUGCUGUCACGGGGAGAUGGAGCACCCGGAGGCACACAGUCACAGGGAGAUGGAGCACCCAGAGGAGACACACAGUCACGGGGAGAUGGAGCACCCGAACGAAACCCACGCUGUCACGGGGAGAUGGAGCACCCGGAGGAGACACACACACAGUCACGGGGAGAUGGAGCACCCAGAGGAGACACACACUGUCACGGGGAGAUGGAGCACCCGGACGAAACCCACACAGUCACGGGGAGAUGGAGCACCCGGAGGAGACACACACUGUCACGGGGAGAUUGAGCACCCAGAGGAGACACACAUUGUCACGGGGAGAUGGCGCACCCAGAGGAGACACACACAGUCACGGGGAGAUGGAGCACCCAGAGAAGACACACAGUCACGGGGAGAUGGAGCACCCAGAGGAGACACACAGUCACGGGGAGAUGGAGCACCCGAACGAAACCCAUGCUGUCACGGGGAGAUGGAGCACCCGGAGGCACACAGUCACAGGGAGAUGGAGCACCCAGAGGAGACACACAGUCACGGGGAGAUGGAGCACCCGAACGAAACCCACGCUGUCACGGGGAGAUGGAGCACCCGGAGGAGACACACACACAGUCACGGGGAGAUGGAGCACCCAGAGGAGACACACACUGUCACGGGGAGAUGGAGCACCCGGACGAAACCCACACAGUCACGGGGAGAUGGAGCACCCGGAGGAGACACACACUGUCACGGGGAGAUUGAGCACCCAGAGGAGACACACACUGUCACGGGGAGAUGGAGCACCCAGAGGAGACACACACAGUCACAGGGAGAUGGAGCACCCAGAGGAGACACAUAGUCACGGGGAGAUGGAGCACCCAGAGGAGACACACACAGUCACGGGGAGAUGGAGCACCCAGAGAAGACACACACCGUCACGGAGAGAUGGAGCACCCGAACGAAACCCACACAGUCACGGGGAUAGUGUACAAACUCCUUAAGACACAGCCAGAAUUGAACGCCAAUUGAGAUUGCUGGCACUGUAAAAGAGGCACUUACAGGAAACGAAAGAAAUACAUACAACAGAAUUUAUGAAAAACUAUAAGUAAAGACUGACAAACAACCAAAGUGCACAAGAAGACAAAUUGUACAAAGG